UAUAUUGUGUCUGUUUCUCUUUUUUUUAGUGCUGAUGAAAAUAAGGACAAGCUGCAUGUGAUGGUUGCAUUUAUAGCUCAAGUGAUUGGAUUAGGCGUCUGAAACAACACACACUUUCCUGUUGAGUGAUACAGAGGGGAAUCCAGGUCUGCAUCCUUGACAUCUACAGUGACGAUGGCGUUGACUUUGGUUCUCAGUAACCUGGUGUUAGCCGUCUUCGGAUUCACGCUGAUCACAGGUCUUCCCGCCAACAUCUUGGCUUUCUACACCUUCUUUAAGAAGGUCCACCAGCGCUCCACCCCGAUGGACGUGCUGUUACUCAGUUUAACCAUCUCUGACCUGAUCUUCCUCUUCUUCCUGCCGUUUCGCAUGGUGGAGGCGGCCAACAUGAAAUGGACUCUUCCUUACUUCCUCUGCCCGCUGUCGGGAUUCAUCUUCUACUCCACCAUCUACAACAGCACCUUCCACCUGACGGCCAUCAGCGUGGAGCGCUACCUGGGAGUGGCUUUCCCAAUUAAAUACAAGCUCAAACGCGACCCUCGAAACGCUGUGAUAGCCAGCGUCAUAUUCUGGGUGAUGUCAAUGGGACACUGCAGUAUCGUCUACAUCAUACAAUACUACAAUAGUACGAAUGUUAACUUCACCGCACCAUAUAUGCGUAACACAUGUUAUGAUGAAUUUAGCAGAGAACAGCUCGAUAUCCUCCUGCCGUUUCGUCUGGAGCUUUUCAUCGUGCUCUUCCUCAUGCCGUUCCUCAUCUGCUGCUUCUGCUACAUCAAAUUCAUCCUCAUCCUCUCCAAUCUGCCCAGCAUCAAUGCCAAGAAGCGGUAUAGAGCCAUCGGGAUGGCGUUGGGCACGCUUCUUGUCUUCAUUAUCUGCUUCUUGCCCUACAACGUCUCGCACGUGGUCGGAUAUGUACAGAAUAAAAGCCCAGACUGGCGAGUUCAAGCGCUGCUCCCCAGCACGUUCAAUGCAUGCCUCGAUCCGUUCAUAUUCUACUUCUCUUCUUCGGCACUCAGAGAAACGUUCAGGAACAUCUUGCAGAAGUUGUCGAGGAAGUUUCUCCAGCCCUGCUGCCGCUCAGCUCUCUGUUGUCAUCUGUUGGACUGUUCGAGUACAGAGGAGAAAACUCAGAGCACGACUGAAAGCUCUGUGGAACAGCACAAACUGGGACGUAGAGUCUGAUUCGAUUGACCUGUGACUCAAUCUGAGAGCUGUGGGAAGAGAGCUUUCUUCUGACCACAGUUGAGCAAUGUCAGCACAUGCUGAUCAAUCCAAAGCAAUUGAACACGAUUCUGAUGCAAUGGACCUGUAUAAUGGACAACUAUUACUAUAAAGGUUUUUCCAUUCAUUUUUCUUAUAGGGAUCUUCGUUAAAGCACUAUAAGCAGUGAACCAAACCAACCCAAGGUGAACCAUAACAUUACAAAGUAUUUAAAAAUUGGAAGUUUUAACGACUUUACUGAGGGAGAACUACAGUCCCAAGAAGCAUUGCAAAUUACAUCAUUAAAUAACGACUUAGAAAUAUAAUAUUGAAACAGUAUGUUUAAUAUUUAUUGCAAAAUAUGCACAUGUUUAGUAUUUUAAUAGGAUAGCAAGUGUUUCAUGAGUGGGGUUCCCUGCAAGCUAUUUUGUUGUGAUCUCUUAUUGAUGGAAAUUUCUGUAGAGCAUCAUGGGUAAUGUAUUUUAUUAUUUUUAUUUUUUUUUUACCAUGAAUUCAGCUGUUUAACCCAUUUAUUUGUGUGAAUGUAUGGUUUCAACCAUUGAUUAAUAACCUUAGAUCCCACAGUAGGUCUUUCUUUUAAAGUUUAUUUUUAAAAACCAAUUUUCUCAUGGAGGAAUUUUACUUCUGGAACCCAACUAUUGCACUCUAUUGACUUGAGUCUAUAACUUGUAUUAUAAUAUUACUUUUGCUUCUAUUGAGGUUCGGCGUGCCCUCAGCAGGCACGGUUUUGAUGCACUUUCUGAUAUCGAUCCGAAUGGAAAAUACUCAAGCAGGUUUAUUGAGUGUUUUCUGUCAGGAUCAGUAUAAUUAUCAGGUUAAUGCACCUUCGGGGAGCUUAUGCUCUCUUUAAACUGGGCAUUCAGUGUGAAGGGUGUAAUUUGUGCAGCACUAGCGGCACCAAAUAAAAUAAUGACACCAUUGUUUGAUCUGAUGUUAUAUCCUGCCCAUUUGGGCCACUCAAACAAGCAGAUGUGUAAACCAGCUGAAUGUUUUUACAUUUCACUAUUAUUAUAAUUUUUUCGGUUCUGCAUAAAUAAACUAUAAACUAUGCAUAAAUAAACUUCACUGCAUAAAUAAAU